AUGGUGGCGAAAAAGGGAAUUCAUGCCGGGAGCGGAUACAAAGAAAGAGGUGUGAGAACGGUAAAAGAAAAAGAGAUGGACAUGAGUAGGGAGAUGAGAGAGGAGUUGGCAGGGAUAAAAGAGGAGCUAAGAGGAAUCAAGGAAGGGGUAGCAGAGCUUGUCAGGGUAUGCAGGAAUUGGCGCAAAGAAGAGGAGACGGUCAAGAAAAGAGAGGAACAGAGAAGGGGAGAAUGGAGGGAAGAAGAAGUGGUCAGCAGAAAAAAGGGAGAUAAAGACAGAGAAAGAGAUGGAGAAGAGGACUGGUGGGACGUGGUGAUAAGGGAUGAAGAAAGAGAGAAAGAGGCUGUCAAUGGGAAAGAAAGUGAGGAGGAACAGUGGUCAAAGAAGAUAGUGUCAAGGGAGAAUUGUAAGGAGAGAGAGAAGAAAAGGACGGAGAGGCAGGAUAAGAGAGAGGAGAAAAGAAAGGAAAGCAGAGAGUUGGGGGAAAUCAGCAGUUCCGAAGGAGAGGAGCCGGCAGGUGAGGAGAGAGGAGAGAGAAGGAAGAGGGCCAAGGAGGAAGAGGUGCAAUCCGGCAGCAAGAAAGCAGAAAAGGUUAUAGUUAGAACGGGGAAAACAAAUAGAGAUCCAGGGAAGAAAACGAGGCAGACAAAGGGAGAGAUAAAGCAGACUAGCGAAGAGAGAAGGGAGGAAGGUGAUACAGACACCAGGACGGAAUUAGAGAAGAUAGAGAGGAGGGGCGAGGGAGAGACAAGAAGAGAAGAGGGCGGAGAGAUAAGAAAGGGAAGCAGUGUACGAAGAGAAGAAACAGACAGCGGAUGGAGAAGACAGGAACCGAAGAGAGCAAGAAAAGAAGAACAGACAGGAGGAAGGAAAAUAGGAGAAGAGGAAGCAGAGCGAGAAGACAGAACAAGUAGAUGGAUCAAGGAAAGAGAGGAGUACAGCAGGAAGAAGAGGGAGAGCAGAAUAGUUUGGAGAGGAGUGGAGGGGGAGAGUGGGGAAUUUAGAAGGGAUUGUUUAAGGGUGAUCAUAAAAUCGGAGUUAGGAAGGGAAGUUGAAAUAAGAGGGAUAGAAGAGAGGAAGGGGGAUAAGGGAGGAUGGGUAAUCAUAAUGGAAUUGGGAGAGGUAGAAGAUAGGGAGGAGAUAUUAGCAAGGAGAGGGGAAAUUUGGAACGUAGGAGUAGAUGAGGAUUUAUCGAUAGAAGAGAGAAAAAUGAGGUGGAGAAUCUUGGAAGCAGCAAGAAGGGAAAGGGCAAAAGGAAAAAGGGUAGGAUAUAGUAGUAGAGAGUUGUGGGUGGAAGAAAGGAAGUGGGAAUGGGACGAGACAGCACACGGAUAUCCAUACGACAUCCGUAAGACAUCCUUAACGGAUAUUGAGGAUAUCCACAGGACAUCCGUUUUACGUCCUUUGGACAUUUUAUGGACGUCCAUGGGAUAUUGGUUUAUGAAACUGGUGGACAUGCUAUAUCCGUAA